CGUUAAAGCGACGUUUCUCCAUAUUAUCGUUUAUAUUAAUUAUUGUGUAGACUUAUGCAACUUUUUCAGCGAAAAUCAUCAUAUUCAUACUCAUCUUAUCAAGCCCUAUACUCCCUUCUCUGUUUCACUGUUUGUGAUUCUGGAGUUCUAGCCCUGGCUUGGGAUCAUUGGUAGAGCCUUCUCGCUCUUCAUCACGUUUGCCUUCUCUUAUACAAAAGCUUUAAUUGUUUGGCAAGGUAUUGGUUGAAGCCCUUUCUCUUAAAGUGGAUUAAAGGAUACCUGUUCUCGAGUAGGAUACAUGGGAAAACAUUUCCCACGCAAAUCCUCUAGUGUGCGGCCGUCUCAGAACAAUCAUCCAGGAUGCAUGUCGGGCGUAUUUGAUAUUCUCGAUUUCCAUCAGUGGCAUAACGUCAGAAAGGUGAUUCCAAUCCCACACAGGAGGCAUAGGGGUGGCAAGAAUGCGGAAGAUCUAAAAAGUCCAAAAAUGGAUCUGGACACUGCUAAUUCUGCUGAGACACUAGAAGUAACAGAUGCUGAAAUCAGCAAUUUCCGUAUGGAAGAGAAAAUGACAGAAACUGGUCCAACUAACAAAUUUGGUAAUGCCUGCAUCAAAGCAUUACUUGCUGAAGAGAUGUCCAAAGAAGAGGACCAAAAACACCAAAUUUCAGGUUCCCCUGCACAAUCAGAGUUGUUUCAGACAGAAUCCAUCCAUCAUUUUGAACCUCCAAUUGUCAAAACGAGAGCAAAUAGUGAAGGGCAAAGAACUGGUUUCUGCGUAGAUAAUACUGCCACGUCUGCUGCCAGCAUGCAGUGCACUCCUGAGGAGUCGGAGUCGGAUACCUGCCACAGACACUGCAAAGUAUAUAAUCCUAUGUUGGGACAUAACCAACUUGAUGAGCAGGGCAUCCAGCUAGUAGAGAAGCGUGCUCUUCUUUGGGAUAAGUUGAUGAAAGGAAAAGAGGAGUUCUUAAUGAAGAAGGUCAAUGAUAUAAAGGACCUUGGUGAUGGAGCUUCAACCCACCAAACAAAGAAAUUUCUGGAUGCUCUAGAGAUAUUUAAUGUAAAUAAGGAUUUAUUUUUUAAAAUUCUACAGGACCCUGACUCUGCUCUGGCAAGUCAGUUUCGAGGUGUGCAAGCUUCUCGUGCAAAGACAGGAUUAACCAAGUCAGGAUCCUUCCCUUUGCCUGGUUCAGUUAGGAAAAAUUUUAUACUACUCAUGGACCAGAAGGAAAUUGGGCCUUCUGCAAAACGAGAGAGCAAGUUGCAUGCUGGGAUACAGACCGCAAAGUUGAGCAAAGUUGAAUCUUCAUCUUCAGAUGAUAAUGUAGGGAGCAUUCUGAAGCCUGAGGACAUAACUCCUAAAAUAACCGAAACUUGUACAGGUUUGGAUUCUUCUCUCGGUUCACCUCAUGAGUUGAAGAAGCGAGGGGAGAGCCAAGUUGUUCUUAGUCGUUUCCAGAACAUUAAGAAAAAGAUAAAGCAAGCAAUCAAAGAGAGCAAAAAAGAGCGUCUCCGGAUUUCCAUGGAUGCAAUCCUCCAUAAAAUCCCCUAUGGUCGUAGGUCUUCCAAGGAUGUGAGAGACCAGUGGAAAGAAUUUGCAAAAGGAGGUAAUAAAGUUAGUCCCAAGAAUUAUGAGAGCAAUGGUCCCCUAUCUUCUAUCUGCAAGGGUAAUCAGAACCGCAUGAGAAGAACUGUUUCUCUUAAUGAAUCACUCAAUAGAUAUUCUCAGUUGUUUGAGUCUAGCUAUGGCAAAGAAGCUAAACAGCAAUUCUGUGACAGGUUAAAAGUAACGAAUGAUGGUGGUUGCUCCCCACGUAGACAAGCCUCAAAAACCUUUGGAAGGAUUCUUUCAAUGCCCAAUAUUGAGUAUUUAUUUUCUCUUCAAAAUGAUAUAUCUUGUGAUAUUCCUUGCUUAGGGAUGGAAACCAGGAACCAUGCAGAUGAAAGUGCAAAUAUUGACAGUUCUAUUUCUGAUGAACAAAAGCUACUUGGUCUUCCUACAAUUACAGAGGAUACCAGAGACUCAGAAGUUCUUGUAAAAAGUGAAAGCCAAGAAAACUUGGUACAGGAAAGUGAAAGUAUUUCAGUUCACAAAGAUCAGGUAGGAUUGGUGUUCUAUAGAAAUGAUGAUGGGAACACUGAAGAUAAUAGAACAAGCGAUAAUAUGGAUGAUAUAGGAGAUGGCACUUCUAUUUCACUCAAUAAGCAAGAAGUUGGGCCUAAGCUAGCACAACCAAGUCCAGUCUCUGCUCUAGACUCCUGUUUUCAAGAGGAUGUAGCUAGUCCUGCAAAAUUCAUCACAGAAGAUUCUGAGUUCAGAUCCAUGUGCACCUAUUUUGACAAUAUGGACUCUUCAGUUAAUCUGCAAAACCACUCUGCUGUGGAUUCUUCCUCUGACAAUGGCAAUACAGUGGAUCUUGCAAAUGCACAAGUGAAGAACGAGUACUAUAAUGGUAAACAUGUAGAUGUCAAUGUUGAUAGAAAGGAUGAAUCCGAGUUCAAUUAUGUUAGAGAUGUGCUCAAGCUGUCAGGGUUCAGCGGUAACGAGUACCUUGGAACAUGGUACUCCCCAGAUCAACCUGUAGAUCCCUCAUUGUUUGAGGAAAUCGAGAUCUGCUCACCCAGAAACUACUCUAGACAUGGGGCGCUUGGAAGUUGUGAUUACCAGCUUCUGUUUGAUCUAAUUAAUGAGGUCUUACUAGAGAUCUAUGGGUUAUCAUUAGCAUACUGGCCCCACCCCUUGUCCUCCAAUUCCCACAUCCGGCCAAUGCCUGUGGGACACCAUGUUCUUGAAGAGGUCUGGUCGAGUGUUAGCUGGUACCUGAAAUUGCAGCCGGAGCUAGACCCUUCUCUGGAUUACAUUGUGAGUCGAGAUCUUGCGAAAAGUGAUGGUUGGAUGAACCUUCAAUUUGAUAUUGAGUGUGUGGGGCUUGAGCUGGAGGAAUGGAUACUGGAUGAUCUCUUAGAUGAAGUUACCUACUCGUGACUCGUGGUUCUAGGAGCCUGAUCAGGCUCUCCAAAGCUCUCUCUUUUUUCCCUUCUGAUUGGUCGUAUGUAAUUAGGGAAAUAUUAUUCAUGUAGCUGAAACAUUGUCAAGCAAUAGGGAGAAAUGGAAAAGAAGAUUAUGAUUCCUUACCAAAAGUAUAUACAUUGUACAGUUUAGCAAUGUAAAAAAGAUCAUGUAAUUCUUUCUUGUAAAUUUAUUGGGAAUACAAGGAUUUGUGUCAUUUCAAUCA